AUGGGAAACUCCGAGAUCAAAAAAAAUACAGAAUAAUUGUAAAAGUAGAAAUGGAAAAAUGAUUUCUAUGAGGUUUUAGCUUCAUUAAUAGAUUUGGAUGAUUAAAUUUUGGCACUCAUAUUUGAAAUUUUAAAAAAAGAAAAAAUUGAAGACUCUUUGGAAUUCCUUUAAGAGUAGGCAAAUGAAAGGAGAAUUGAAAAAUAAAUAUCACAGAUAGAAAAUAAUUUACUUAUGAAAGAAACUAAGAAAGGAUAUGAAAACAAUAAUAUUAAGUAAAUAAUAAAUUUUCUUAAAAAAAUUAAGGAUCAUGAAUUUAAUAAAGAGAAUUACUCAUUAGAGGACUAUGAAGAAUUUAAAUAAGAUCUGAUCAAAAAGAUAUCUUUGGAUAAGAGGAUCACUGAAUUAUUAAUAUUUUUAGUUUGUCUUACAGCCAUAGAUGAAAAAUACAUUUAAAGUGGAUCAAAUUCUCUUCAUUUAUUAGUUGAAAUGAAAGUGGAUUUGAAGACACAAUCUUUGGAAAAUAUUAAAAUUAAAAAUACUUCAUUAAAAGGGGCUAAUUUUGACAGAUGUGACUUAAGUGGUUCUGAAUUUGACAAUGUCAUUAUUAGCGGAAUGAAUUUGAAUGGAGCCAAAUUAUUUAAUUGUAAAUGGAAAAAUUUAAGAAUAAAUGAGUUAUAGUAGCUAUGUUGUAAUUGUAGAGUUAAUUCAGUUUGCUUUUCUCCCGAUGGAAAGUCAUUAGCUUUUUGCUGUGCUGAUAAUUUCAUUCGUUUUUUGGAAACUAGAAAUGGAAAAAUAAAGUCUGUAAUCUAAGGAAAAAGCGAGGUAAAUUCUGUUUGCUUCUCACCUAAUUUUUCAACAUUAGCUUCUUGCAGUGGGAAUUUUGUCUGUUUAUGGAAUUUUAAAACAGGAAAAUAAAUGUCAAAAUUAAUUGGCCAUACUGAUAAGAUAAAGAAAGUCUGCUUCUCUCCUGAUAGUACAACGUUGGCCUCUGGUAGUUGGGAUAAUUCUAUCAGGUUAUGGGAUAUUAAGACAGGAUAAUAAAAAGCCUAAUUAGAUGGACAUGCUCAUUAUGUUAACACAGUCUGUUUCUCCCCUGAUGGUGCUACAUUAGCAUCUGGUAGUGUAGAUAACUCUGUCCGUUUAUGGGAUAUUAAGACAAGAUAAUAAAAAGCUUAAUUAGACGGUCAUAGUGAUUGGGUGAAUUCAGUCUGUUUCAGUCCGGAUGGAAUAGCAUUAGCAUCCGGUAGUGAUGAUAAGUCUAUUCGCUUAUGGGAUGUUAAGAGCGGAAUGCAAACAGCCUAAUUAGAUGGUCAUACUGGAGAAAUUUUAUCUGUCUGUUUCUCUCCUGAUGGUACUACAUUAGCAUCUGGUAGUUCAGAUAAUUCUAUUCGUUUAUGGAUUGCUAAGGCAGGACAAUAAAAAGCCAUACUAGGUGGUCAUACUAAUUUUAUUCAAUCAGUUUGUUUUUCUCCAGCUGGUACUACAUUAGUAUCUGGUAGCAAUGACAGCUUUAUCCGUUUAUGGGAUUUAGAAAUAGGACAAUAAAUCUUACUUUAAGAUAACCAUUAUAAAGAAUCUGCGGUAUAAUUUCAAACCCCUAGCCUUAAAAACUACACUCCUCCUGAAAGUGGUAUUUAUUUUUAUAAUUAUUUAGACUCUUCUCACAUUAAAAUCCUUCGAAUUUCCUAAAAUCACAAUUUAGAAGCCAAAGGAGCCUUAAUCUUGAAAGGAGAAUUUGUAAAUUAUUAAGGUGUUGACCUGAAAUAAUUAUUCAGAUCUAAAGGAAGUUGCAUUUUAGAAAGCUAAAUUGGAUUGUGA